AUGUCUGGCACUCGAGCCCGCAAGCUAUCCUACCCGAGGAAAGUAACAACUGAGUUAGCGCCACUUCCCAAGAAGAAGGCGAAACCCCAACAUUCUACCGCGAGCAAGAGAACCACCGCCCGCGCGAAGAAAUCCCCUGAAGCUGUUUUAAUAGUCUCAGACGCUCCUGUAAAAAAGACAAGCAAGCGGAAGGCGGAGCCGGAGGUCGAAGAUGAAGAUCAGACCAAGGAUUCCAAGAGAGUGCGACUGCUUCCUGAUGACGAACCCACACUACCCAAGACAAAAGCUGCUCCUUCAGCCAAACCGACUGGAACCAAAAAGCCCAAGAUAACCAAGGCAGAGAUCAACCAGCCUCCUACUGAAAAACUCAAUGUAUAUGUGUUUGGAGAAGGCUCUUCUGGAGAACUUGGUCUUGGGAGUGCCAAAGGUCAGACGGAAGUGAAGAGACCGCGAUACAAUCCCAACCUCAGCCCGGACAAUGUGGGAGUGGUGGCGCUGUCAGUUGGCGGUAUGCACACUGCGGCUUUGACCCACGACAACAAGAUCCUGACCUGGGGUGUCAAUGACCAGGGCGCACUGGGUCGAGACACUGCUUGGGAUGGUGGUCUUCGCGAUAUUGAUGACGAGGAUGCCAGUGAUUCCGACUCGGAUAGCGGUUCGGAAACAGCCGUGAACCCAAAGGAAUCUACCCCGGGGGAAGUGGACCUGUCGGAUAUUCCUGAAGACGUCGUCUUCAGCCAAGUCGCCUGUACUGACAGUGCCACUUUUGCUCUCACAACUCAGGGAGAUGUGUACGGAUGGGGCACAUUUCGCUCGAAUGAAGGCAUUUUUGGCUUUGAUCCCACCACACUGAUACAGCUCCGGCCGAAGCUGAUCAAAGGGCUCAGCAAGAUUACCCAGCUUGCAGCUGGUGCCAAUCACGUCCUUGCCUUGCAGAGCAAUGGCGCUGUCUAUUGCUGGGGCUCAGGGCAACAGAACCAAUUAGGUCGCCGGAUAUUGGAGCGGAGAGCGACGAACAGUCUGAUUCCGACGGCCAUCGGUACACUCAAGAAAAUCGAGUACGUCGGGGCAGGAGCGUACAAUUCGUUUGCCGUGAAGGCGAAUGGCGACGUCUAUUCUUGGGGUUUGAACAACUUUGGGCAGACGGGCAUUCCCAAAGAAUUCGACGAGAGUGGCAACACCAAAGGGAACGACGUGCACAUGCCUAUUGUUGUUGAGACGCUUCGCGGCAAGUUUGGCAAAGUGACUUGUAUUCAGGGAGGGUCCCACCACACUGUCGCUGUCACGGACAAACGCGAACUGCUGGUCUGGGGACGAAUUGACGGUAAUCAGUCGGGGCUGAAUCUCAAGGAACUUCCGGAAGAUGAUGUUGUGCGCGAUUCAGCUGGCCACCCACGAAUUUUGGUUGUUCCCACCCAAAUUCCCAAGAUUGAGGCUCUCAUGGCCGCGGCUGGUUCUGAUCACUGCAUCGCCAUUGACAAGUAUGGCAAGGCGUACUCAUGGGGUUUCAGUACCACCUACCAGACGGGACAGGGCACUUCAGACGACGUGGAACUGGCCACUCUGAUUGACAACACGGCCGUCAGAGACAAGAAAUUGGUCUGGGCUGGUGCAGGUGGUCAAUUCAGCGUCAUUGCAGGUGUUCCCGUUCCUUUGGUCAAUGGGGUCAAUGGGCAUGCGGCGUGA